GACUCGCGCUCUGCUGUUCAUACCCAACUUCCUGUAUACAUUGGUCGGAGCAACCCGCCGCGGAGCCAUAUCUAUCGUUGUAGCAGCGCGCAGACCCUACGGUAUACGGUGUUAGUCGAAUAACAGUUUCCACGGGUAUUGCAGUGUUUGUAAGCUCGGGCGCGCACAUUACGAGAUUCAACCACGACCACCACCGCAACAAGAGAAGUGAAGAAAGGAAUCGACGUAACCAAUCCACCAGGCCUCGAACCAGAGCAGCCAGUUCUCCACACAGUAGUUGAACAGUAUUCGGUCGAGUAAGACGCGACGGAAGUGAGAAGACGACUAAUCGCGGAAUUCAAGAAAUCCAUAAGUGGGUGAAAGUGCCCCCGAAUAAGUGUGUUUAAUUGAAGAGUGAAGAAGAGACUGUUUGAGGAACAGUUUUUUUUUUGGUGUUUGCAAUAGUGCAUUGUGAAGAGGAGUAGUUCUCUGCCAACCAAUAGCCCCGAUUGGUGCACGGUAUCGUGAACGAAAACUGAAAAGGCUUUGUGUAAAUCCAAAAAAUCAAAACAGAAGAUAAACCAACCAAUCACUACCACCACCGGUACUAGUGCUCGUUCCCCCCGUUGAGUGCGAGUAGAUUACUUGUGACUGAAAGUAGUGCCUCAGCUAGAACAGGCGCGCGCACAACCCAUAUUCGCGAGUGUUCUCCGUGUGUGUGUUUGUGUGUCUCUGUGGUGUGCGUGGUGUGGUCCUAGGGACGAUCCAUCGGAAGCCAGGAAUUUCGGGUACUCGCACCCGAAACCGCCGUUAGGAUUCAUCGUUCAACGUAUCACCAGUCCUCCUCCUUCGAACCAAUUCGCAAGCAGGCACCGAAGGCCGCCCAACGCUACCACCACCCGGCAGUUGAGGUUUCUUCCGGCACCAUUCCGGCAACAAUUGAAAAGAUAGCGGCUCCAUCGUCGGUCGGGUUGCGGAGUCCAUAUCCUGCUGCUGGUUCGUUGCCAACCUCCAAGACGGAAGACCCCAGGCAAACGGGGACAGAGUCUCGUGCCACGGGGAGGGAAAACCAAAUCCCCCCCGCUAGCCGACGCUGGGUCCCUCCAUCCCUGAGACCGCAACAUGGACUCACCGAAGAGGCCAGAAUUGAUUCGAUCUUUCGAAAAGUACGCGGUAUUCUGAACAAACUGACCCCAGAAAAGUUCCAAAAACUAAGUGAUGACCUGCUGAAGCUAGAUCUGAACUCGUCCAAGAUACUGAACGGUGUUAUCCUGCUGAUAUUCGACAAAGCCUUAGAUGAACCCAAGUACUCGUCUAUGUACGCACAGCUGUGCAAGCGCAUCGAGAAAGAACUAGAGAUCGACAUUGACAAAACCAAAUCCAACACCUUCCUGCAAAUUCUGCUGAACGUUUGCCGCGACAAGUUCGAGAACCGGGUGCAGUACAGUGAGAAGAUCAUCAACUCGGAACUCGCCCUCACCGAUGAUCUGGAGGAAAAGAAAAAUGUGGCCAAACAGAAGAUACUGGGUAAUGUUAAGUUCAUCGGCGAGCUGUACAAGCUGGACAUGCUCGGCGAGCCACAUCUGCACAAGAUGCUCCGCUCACUCAUUACCAGCAAGUCCAGCGCGUCGUCGGAGAAAAACUGCGAGGACAUGGAAUGCUUGGCCCAGCUCAUCAAGACCUGCGGAAAGAAUCUGGAUACAGAGCUGGGAAAACAGCUGAUGGAUCAGUACUUUGACCGGAUGGAACAGUACUCCCUGUCGAGCAGAUAUCCGCCUCGGAUCCGGUUCCUGUUGCGCGAUCUGAUCGAGCUGCGCAAGAACAACUGGACACCGCGGAAGGUGGCCCGCGUCGAAGGACCGGCUCCAAUCCAGGAGCUCACCAACGAGGACGACCUGGUGCUGCGGCCGUCGUUUGGCAUGCGGGGCCGCGACUACCGGAACCAGGGCGACCGGGGCAACGAACGGGACUGGAUCACCAAGCUGACGCUGAACCCGUUGAACUUCAACGACAGUUUCAACCUGCUGAGCGUGUCGAGCCCGACGCCCCUGAUACCACCAACGUAUUCACCGUCGUCAAAUGGCUACGGCAACCGUGACCACCGGGAUAACGGUGGCAAUAGAGGUAGCGGCGGCGGUGGCGGCUACAACCGCAUGCACAACAACCGCAACGGUGGCGGACCGAACCACCACCAGCAUAACAACUAUCACGACAACGGCAAUGGCGGAGGUGGUGGCAACAUGCGCUACAACAAGCACAACAACCACCACGGCGGCGGUGGCGGUGGUGGCCGUGAUGGCCGCGAUGGUCAGAACCAUCACCACCAGAACCGUGACGGACCAAACGGUCACAAUUCGUCGUCCUAUCCGAACAGAAACGACGGAGGCAUGAUGAAUGCCGGCAAAGACCUGGCGCCGCGGUUCAAGCGGAACCUGAUGACCCCCCAGAACCCGGUGGAGGAUCUGCAGAUGCGUCCGACGGCGAACAGCCUGCUGUUCAAGACCCAGAACAUGAACAUGAAGACGCAGCUGCCGAUCUCACAGGCACCGUCAUCGCAAUCCGGCAAGGGUUACAGCGCUCCGCAGCUCGGAGAUUUCCCUUCGCCUCUGACCACCCGGACGCUGCUCAGUGAACAACGGGCAGCGGCCACCGCUGGCAAUGGUGCCUUUGGGGCAAACGCCACCGGAAACGGGUCGUCAUCGAACUCGGCCAGUAGCUUCGGACCUGGUCUAGGAGGUAGCACAGCAUCUGCAGUAGGACCUAACGGCAGUGGCCUCGGUUCAACGGGACCAGCCGGUCAGCAGAGCGCUUCCAACAACCCAAGUCUCAGCCAGGCGAAUCCUUUGGCUAGGAAUAAUCAACAGAACCUAUUGAAUGGAAAAUCUCAAUCGAACCAACCUGCCGCUUCCGCACCCAUCACUCCCAUCAACAACAUCCUGCAGAAGGAUCAGGUGAUCAUCAAGCAAGCCGGCGCGGAAAAGGCCGAGAAGAAGAACAAGAAGGACAAGGGCCCCAACAAGGAGGAGUUCAUGAAGAAGGUUUCUGCGUUUGCUUCCGACGUACUGCUGGACAAUCUUCAGAAGCAAAUUGAGGAAGAUAAGCAAGUGAAGUCCAAUGACAAGGUAGUUGUGGAAAAUGGAGCCGCCGUCAAGGAAGUGGUCGUGGAGGUUGUCGAUCAGACAAUCGAUCCGGUCAAUCCGGACACCGUGAACGAAGCAGAUCUCAGUGGGGAAAAGUCCGAGGACAGUGACAAAUCCUCCUCGGAGAAGGCGGAUGUCGGAUCGGAAACCCUGAAAUCCGAAGAAGCAGAAGAACCUCCCAAGCAGGACGAUCGAUCGCUGAUGGAUCAGCUGGUGCAGGAGUUCGCCGAUCUCAAGAUCCCGGAGAAGUUCAUGCGCGACUCGAUCGGUAAGGUCGUGAACGAAAUCCUGGACAAGUCGGAUGCAUUCCACGAGAAGCUGAUCGCGUUCCUGCAGCGACUGCGCAAGGAAAACAAGCUCUCCAACGGCGCCAUGCUGGAAUCGUUCAAGGCGUUGGUGAACUCAAUGAACGAGAAGGAGAAGACCAUCCCGAAGAUCACCAGCAUUGUGGCAUCGCUGCUCUCCCGAGCGGUGUCCGUCCGGCUGUGCAAACUGUCCGACGUGUCCAACUAUACCGACAAUGGCCAACACUAUCCGCUGUUCCUGCUGGUGCUCCAGCAGCUGCACAAACAGCUCGGCAAGCAGCCCCUGCAGGAACUGUUCCAGCAGAGCAAGGUCAACCUGAUGACGAGCCUGCCGGAGAGCGAUCGCACCAAGGACCGCAUGGCGGAGAUCCUGGAGGAUCGCAACCUGAGCUUCCUGUAUCCGCUGUUGCGAGUGCAGGCCGAACUGUGGAAGCAGAUCCAGGCGGACUCCAACCCGCAGCAGUUCUACAAGUGGAUCAAGGAGAAUGUUGAGCCGGGGUGCUACACCGAUCCCGGGUUCAUUACCGCGGUCAUGACCGUGCUGCUGAAGUACAUUAUGCAGGAAUCGUCCAAGUGUCCGGAUGAGAAACAGUCGGUGGAGAAGGAGAUGGAAAUCCUGAGGAAGUACUGUCCGGUGCUGAACGCGUUCCUCAAUGGCAACAACGAUCUGCAGCUGGUGGCGAUCUAUGCCAUGCAGGUCUUCUGGUACAGCAUCGAUUUCCCGAAAGGAGUCCUGCUGCGUUGGUUCCGCGAGUUCUACGAGCUGAGCGUUAUCGAGGAGGACGCCUUCCUGCGCUACAAGGAGGACGUCACCGACAUGUACCCGGGCAAGGGUAAGGCCCUGUUCCAAGUCAACCAGUGGCUCACCUGGCUAGCGGAAGCGGAAGACGAAGACGAAGAGGAUGAGGAGUAAAGAAAGCAUCCAAACGUCGUCGAGCAAAGGAACGAAGGAAGCGCGUGCGCCAGUUGGAUGAUAUAUUUUUUUUUAGUUGAUUGUAUGUAAAAUCUCCCCCUUUCUCCCCGAGAUGUUUUUAAAGCAAAAUUACGAACUCUGCAAGAUUUAUUUUUUAUGCACAUAUAAAUACCAACCAAGAUGUGAUCAACCAACAAACCGAUAAGAUUUGUGUGUAGAAGAGGUUUUGUUUGUUUUGUUUCUGUUCUUCCGAUGAUCAAACAUUAUUGUGAAAAUUGAAUUGUGAUCCUUAGUUAAAAGCUUGGUUCGUGUUCGAGAGAGAUUGUGUUGAUUUGUUCGGUGUGUGGAUGGGUUCAGAAGAAAAAAUGUGGAUUAUCCUAAUAAGUAAUCACACAGAUGGUGUUCUUGUCCGAAUGGACGGACUUUUAAUAAAAAUAGUUCAAUUUACGAAGCAGUAGCAACAACUUAGCAACAAAAAGUAGCCCACUAUGACAGAGAACCAUAGGAAUACGAUACACUGUAUUGUAACAUUACUAUAAGAUAAAUCCUGAUUACAAUACAGAGUGAACAAAAAGCUGUCAUCAAAUUUUACGUUUUAUUGUUUUUUUUUAUUAUGAUACACACUACAGUCUGUUAAGUUCCAUUACUAUAUAAAAACCAUACAAUGUAUGGUUGGCAAUAGAAUAUUCCGUUCCCCAACCGCCACUAUCACACAAUGUAUUUCUAUGGUUCUCUCUUCCAGUGGGAUAAGUUUAAUUUUCACUCUGAGCAAACGAAGAAGAUCCAGUAUAGGACGUAUUAUAGUCUUGAUAUGUUAUCACCCUCAGAAUCCUAUUAGAAUGAAAGUGCAAUUGGCGACGACAGGUGUCCGAAAUAGGUUAUCGCCCCUCUCUCACUCUCCCCAAACCACACGUGUGUACGUACGAGUGCUUGUGACUGUUAUUUGUAGCGUUUUAGUUUCUUACACCGUAGGCAUUGAACGUCACGUCGUUUCACAAUAAUAGCUAUUAUUGUGUCAGAGUAGCACACACAGGCUGAUAUCUGUAAUGAAAUGUCUCAUAGACAUACGGUACAGUACAUCUUACUACUAUACAACUUAUAGUUGGAGAGCAAAGAAAUGCUUAGCAAAUAUUGUCGACGAUAUAAGUAAAACUGGAUUAAUUGCGAUGAAAAACUAUACAUGUUAUGGUUUUCUAUGGUUGUGAUGUAUUGAAAUUUUCAACACAUUACAACCAUAGUACAACCAUAAAAUAUAAAGUUAUGAUUCGUAAUGUGUUUAUGUACUUCAACUGAUAUUUGUAUAUGUCUUACUGUUCAAAUACCAUUUGAUUGAUUGUUGGCAAUGGAAAGUACUGUUCCGUGAUUGUGAUGUAUCGUGUAUCUAUGGUUAGUUAUUACAGGAUAGUCAUUUGAUUUUUGUCUGCACCAUUAGAAGAUUAAUCGUUUACUCUAGAAAAGCCACUCACUCCUUCAUGCAUAAUGUAUCAAUAAUAGAAAAGGAAAUUAACAAUCGCCCCUUCCCACUAAGAAACGGUCAUCUCAUUUUUUUUCUCCAGGCCGAAGUCUAAAGCAUGCAUAUAAAUAUGAAUAUUACACAAGUAGAAUUAAAUAGAUCAAAGGGCAAAGCUUGUCACACUCGUGUCAAUAGGAGAUUCCAUGGCAGCUAGGCACCGCCACGGAUUACACAUUUAACGUGCUGAACCUUAAUUCUAGGGCAAAUUCACUAAAAAAAAAACAGAGUCUUCUUUGCCAGAGGGCGCAUCAGAUCACCCCCCAAGAAAACCGCAUGCUCUCACGGUCCCCGGUGGACUCGGGAGUUUGCCGCAAAAAAAGAAGACUGAUUCGAACGAAAAACAGCAAUCCUUUCGUCCGAAAGAGACGCCGUUGAAGAACCCAAAGCGAAGGUGAAGAAAACUUAGCACGUAGGUAGAUUAAAAGUAUGAAUAUCUAGCUAAUUAACUAAAUGGAAUUAACUUCCCCGGUUCCCAAGUACCCGAAACCCCCGCAAAAUCAUUAAAGUGCACGCCUUCCUAGAACAAACCCCCGUUCACUGAAUCAAUCGACGAUGCCUUUCGUUUCUGUACGGUAACCCAAAAACCAUACCCAACAUCCACCGCCGUUCAUCCCUUUGCAAAAGUGGACAUUUCAACAAGAGAACAACAACAAAAAAAAAUCGUUACAAAUCAUUGUGAUUUCAUAAUGCAAUACGUCAGCACCGUUAGAAAUGAAAUAUCAAUUGAAACCGAGCAGUUAUUUUGAUUUAGUGUCAUUACUACCACAUCUCUGAAGGGAAAUAAAAUAUCGCCUACCUAUAUCGUUGCGAUUAUGGAUCAUAUAGAACUCGAAUUGUGCACCGCCUACUGAAACACAAAAGUAAAACUGCUAUUGAAAACAGGUAGAAACAAACCUUUUUGGUGCGAUCGUGCAUAUAACUCAUCCCGAAGUAGCGCGAAGCAACAAAGAAAAACAAAAUUGCCAAUUGGGUGAGAAAAUUGAAAAAGUUGACUCAAAUAAGGAGCGAUAACAACUCAAACAAAGUGAAUAAAGGACAAACAACGCUAAAGCAGAAUCAGUGCAGCAGAACGAAAACUGAAAUGUAACGAUCAAGAGAGGAGGUUUGUGAAAAGAUAAACGGACAGAUACAUUCGAAUGAGGAACUACUGAAAGAGUAGGAGAAAAAAAAACAGAUGAAAAAGUAAAAAAAAGAUGAAAAAAAUUCAAAAAAUCAUAAUAAAAAUAUCAUCAAUAAAAAAACCUCCAAACCACAGAA